CUCCUCUGAGCCACUGUUUAUGCUGUUCCUGCAUCCGGGCUGCUUGGAUGAUGGCAUGCUGAGAAGCACCCCAGAGCCUGGGCCCCCAUGGCAUCCCCAGACAAAGAUGAGGAGUCCUCAUCUCUCUGGGCCUCCCAGACAGAGCCCUGGGAUGCCAUCCUCAAGGCCGUCAGGGAGCAGCUCCCAUCACUGGAUUCAGAUUCCUCUUUGUCAGACUGCGGGCCAGAAGAGCUGUUCAUCUUCCAGCGAGAUCAAACUGCCCUGAUUCCAGACUUGUCAGAGGAGCCGGCUGAAGACCCUGCCAGGGCCUGGCUUGCUACAGCUGAUGGGCCUUCUGAGGCAGGUGUGGUGUCUGUGGAACUCACUGCAGGACGCUGGAGUAAGGGGGGCGCAAAGACAAAGGGUUCUGCCUCUGUGCAAGGCGGGGAUCCUGACAGGCCUGUAGAGAGCUGUGGUGAGACCAGUUCCCUUCUUCGGGUGCCUGCGGACACCCCCACGUGGGAGGAAGGCAACCGUGGGUCUUUGUCCUUCAGCACCCAGGGUUCCCCCCGGGAGCCACACGGAGAAGCCACCUUCUCCCCCUGGGAAGAUGACCUGAAAACAGAACCCCCAGGUGCUGCCUCACCAGCUGGUUGGAGCACAGACUCCAAAGACCACAGAGCCCCCCGAAGGGAGAGGAGGAAGAUGAUUGAGAAGAACAUACUCCAUAAAGUUACCUGGGAUGCCCGCGGCCCAGCCUGCAGUGACCGAAGUCCGGUGGAGGAGGCAACAGCAGGUCUGAGACCAGAAACGCCCCCAGAGGGGCCCCGGGAAGGACUUCUGGUGCUUUCCCUCAAGGAACUUGAAGAGUGGGAUUUGGAUCACAUCCUUCAGAGUCUGGCAGGGCAAGAAGGCGACAGGGGAGAUCGCGCACCUAGAGCCACGUGGUGGGCAGCUGACCGCCUGGGCCAAGACCACACCCGGCCAAAGUGCCAGGACGGGCUCAUGGAACAGCUCACCCUUCUGUGUGCCGCCCAGUCGCAAGCCCCUUCUGCCAACAUAGCCCAGGACACCACGCAGCACGAGGCCGAGAGCAGAUCUGCUCCAGGCAUCCAGGCUGAGCUGGGCCUGGCCCAGAGCAGGCAGCUAAGGAGCCCAGCAGAGCCUCCCACCAUCUUCAUCGAUCUGCGGCCCUCGGAGCCUUCAGACCCCGGGUCGGUGGAAAGCUCCAGCCCCAGCCCUAGCUCCUUUGACAGCGAGGAGGAGGAAGAGGAGACAGUGGCUCUCAGAGACCAGCAGGGCCCCCCCGAGCAGGAGAGUCCUUCCCCCCGGCAGCUACGGGACUGCACUGGGAAGAGUCAGCUUCUCCAGCAGCUCAGGGCAUUUCGGAAGAAGACGGCUCAGCCCAACUGGCCUGCCACUGGGGGUCCCAGCGGCCAGAAGGCUCAGGUCCCUGAAGAUCCAGCCAGCUCCACAACUAGGAGGAAGCAACAUGUACCAGCUUGGGCUGAGCCCCAGAACACCCCAGCCAGACGCCCAGGGGGAGGUCCCAGGGCGCUAGGGGACGCUCUUGGGCCAGGGACGGCCAGGGAGGCCCUGGUGCCUCCCCUGAGCCAACCGUAGCUGCCUCCGGGAACCGAAGGGAGGAGGAGCUGGAUGGGAUGAUUCCACUCUCCAUCCGCAUGCCCUGGCCCCUGGCUCUCCCUUGUUUCCGUGACAAGGUGCUGCUUCUGCAGCACGGGGACCCUUGGGCUGUGGGGCAUUCCAUGCACUUAGAGCAAAGACACCAGAACACAACCGUACAGAGCGCAUGAUGA